ACCAUGAAUAGUGUCGAACACUGGGAUUUUGUCGAGAAUGCACACAGACUGAAGAGGAUCGCUCUUCCUGUCUCAGGUGACUUCAGGUCCUGUGCUGUGAUUUUCCACGGGUCUCUGUUGUCCCGCACAGCGUCACCAGCGAAGGAGGGCGCAUUCUUAACAGAAUGCAUCUGUAUUCCGGAAGCAUAUUAUUUCCUUCCGUCACCAAAAGCUCUUUUCCAGCACCCAUGCGAGCUGCAUACUUGUCCCGAAAGAGUUUCGCAGCAGUUCGGAAUCAGAGGAAUUCCUGUUCCGAAGAGUCUCGAUACAAUAAUUCCUUUGAGUGUGAGGCAUUGCCAGGUAUUUUGGCGAGGAACCCCGACACAGUUUCCUUGUGGAGAAUUUGUUGACUUGGGAAACCCCCAUUUGUUUCACGUCUAGGUUGUGAAAGGCCUCCCCGUCUUUGUGCGUGUUCGAGUGAACCGCUCUGUGCCCGGGCUUUUCCAUCGACGCUACCGUAUUCGGUGGAACCUCAUCGAAGUUUCUUCAAGGUUGGCACCCAAAGUCUUUGCACUACACAUGUUUCCUCCACACUUUCUGUCUUCAUGACAAUGUCGUAUAUGCGGUGAGGUUCUGCGAAUGAUCGGCACCGAGUGGACACCCUAGAGUCGUGCACAAGCCUCAUCCGUGUACCUACCGAGCGACCGCGCAUCCUGUCGAUCUAUUCCUCCUGACAUCGUCCCUGUAUUCAAGUUUUCGAGCUCUUCGUGAUUUCUGGAACGCCCUCUGUUCCGUCUCGCAGCCUUCAAAGAGCACCAACCGUCUGUUUCCGCUCUACCGUGGAUGCAUGAUGGCAAACGUGGUGGCGAAAGGAUUCGGUGUCUCACCGUACUGGAAUAGUGUCCGAAUCCAUCGGAGCUUCCCGUCAAAUCUGGCAACUGGGCGUUCCGGACAACGCGGAUUCCAUUGUGUCGAGUCGUCUCUUCUCAACGUUCGGCGAGAGGCCGUUUCUCCCGCCUUUCGGACAAGCAGCUCGCUCUCGACAGUGUCGGCUAGUUGUUUUUCGUCUAGUUCCCUCUACUCCGUGUCGCACAGUUCUUCCCCACGUUCACUCUCCGGUACUCCGCUUCCGGAAUUAUCGACCUGUAUCAACGGAGGCAUGUUGGCAGUUCAAGGAUUUGGAGCCUGGGCUAAGUCUGCACAGUCAGCAUGCGUGCCAUACCAUCAAAAUGGUUGGCAUCAGAUCUCUUCUCAAGCUGCCUUUGGAACGGCGCCCGCUGCGUCUUUCGAUAUUUUCCAGAAACUGAAAGAUCCCCCGGAGGCCGGCGAAGACGCUGGUGCAACAGCCAAAAAAAGAAAGCCGUCGGACCGAGUGAUUAGAUUGGUCGAUGAGGUUAUGAACUUAACCCUAAUUGAAGCAGCUGACCUUUGCGACCUUUGUCAAGAAAAGCUGGCUGAGCGAUCUGGAGGCCCCACCUUCAAUGCAGCAGCGGCAGCAGGACGGACGCCUUUUCCUCAUCCAGUGGGCAUGUUUGCCGGUAUGGCUAUGCCUGGCAUGAUGGGUGGCAUGACAGCUCCUGUUGGAAUGAUGCCUCCAAUGGCAGCGGCCCCAGCAGCUACUGCCGGUCCAACCAGUGCUGCUCCUCCAGAAGCGGCGGCGGCUUCUGAGAAAAAACCAGAGAAGAAAGAGGACACUAAAGCGGCUUUCUCUAUCAAACUUCUCGGGUUCGAUGCCCCAAAGAAGGUCGCAGUGGUCAAGGAGGUGCGCGCUAUCACAGCUCUUGGUUUGAAGGAGAGCAAGGACCUUGUCGAACAGGCUCCAAAAAUUAUCAAGAAGGCUGUGCCCGCCGCAGAGGCAGAGGCACUCAAGGCAAAGCUGGAAGCUGCAGGUGCUCAGGUGGCUUUGGAAUGAGCUAGAAACGACUUUCCGCAGCUGGGUGGUGUCGGAAACAGCGUGAUUUGAUGGCUGAUGAGGCCAAGUUAGGAUCGGGCGUGGACCGUCAAGAAGUGUCUGACCCAUACAAAUUGUUUUCUUUUGUGCGUGGUUCUCGACGGUUGUUUCUCAUGUGAAGGGACGUUUGUGCGUGGUGUUUCUCACGGACAGUGAAUGAUCCAGCUCUUUCGCUGUCAGCUGCCAAAGUGUGCACAGAGCUUGAGCUCCGCUGUAGAAUCUACAACUCGAGGGUAACGCCUCCAUUCGCGUCACGAUUCCAC